AUGAGUUCCAUGAAGAAAGGAGAGAGUGCCUCAACGGCUUCAGGCGUUGACGAGCGAACGGAGACUUAUAAAAGCGCUACAACUGAAGCAACAAGUACAACAAGGUUUGGAGAUGAUGUCUACUCUUACACUCGGGUGUCGAAAAUCUCCAAAGGAUUCUUCGACAACGACGAUCUUGCGUUGCGACAUUAUGACGAAGCAAAGGACACGUUCACCGCGCUCGAGGCAGCUUACAAGAGACUCCUUUUGCAAGUGGAGGCUUCGAAACAAGAGCGGCGAUACGAGGUAAAUUUUAUUUAUGAUUACUCAAAACAUCUAGAAGAUGCCCUUUAGGGGCAGAUUGUGCUUGUUUACAAAUUUAGACGCAACGGUGAUUUUCAUCCUCUUAAAAGUUCCUCAGUCUUUACUUUCAUGUUACAAUAAUUCUCUUCUGCUAUUUUACAGUACUUUUGCCAAAUACAUGAUUGAUAUUAUUAAAUCUUUGUUAGUUUUUUAAAACUCCGAUCACGCAAGGCAACUAUGUUACUGGUGCAGAAAAUUCCCUACCUCGGACCCGAGAAGUAUGAUUACUUUUUAAACUGGCUCAAAUCCAGAAUAUGAAUAUCCGGAAGUAGUUAGUUUUUUUCUCCAAGCUGCUCAGUUUAUUUCCUUCGAGAAACAUAUGUUCCCAUGUGGCAAUUAAAUCUAUGAUUAAACAACAAUUAGUUAAAGAAAUUAAAUUUUUACUGGUGUCGAAAAUACAGAAUGUUAGUCGAAAUAUCUUGAACUUACAGCCCUUGAACUUCUCUACACGACCGCAAGUUAAACGGAACGGUCACACUAUCUCAGUGCUGGGUUGUUUUCACAUGUUAUUUUAAUAGUUUCCAAUGCUGCGUACAACACAGAGUAUACUUUAAAAAAAAACUUUUAAUGCUCUUGAUAAAACACUGAGCGCCCUGCAAUCUAGAUACUUACGAUGAAACUACUCCUCGUGACCAACCAGUAUACCGUAUACAGACCAUUUGGUCAUUACGACCAGGAUUUUACGACCAAACGCUGGUCGUUUCAACCCUUUUACUUCCAGAAAAAGAGGCCAAAGUCUAAAUUAGACACAUAAAAUUUUAAAUUUCAUUUUGUAAAUAAUGAAAAACAAAAAGUACCAUGUGAAAGUACGACAAAAGAGGUUUCAUUUGAGUGGUGGCACCACAGGAUUUCAUCCACAGGCUCAAAAGUUAGAACUACAUACUAAAUAAAUAGUACCAUGUGCCAGUACCGCAAAAAAGGUCUCAUUUGAAUUGUCACACCAGAAUUUUGUUCACAGACUCAAAAGUUUGAACCAUCUUACGAGACUGCCUAACUCACUGUAGCAGGGGUCAAUUAAAACAGGAUUCCACUGUUGUGGGUGACAUUUAAAAGAUAACGUUAAAUUUUUCUGGGUAGUGUGUUUUUAAGCCUUGUCUCCAUCAUCUUGUUGCUUAAGUUGACCAAAAUAACGCCAAAAACUAAAAACCAAAUUACCAACGUGUCAUUCUGCAAUUCAAUUGUCUACGUUUUCUCGUGUGAAAGUUCGUGAUGAGGGGAUUAAUGUUGCAAUUAUCCUUAUAUUAAUAGCCUCCUUUAACUGAGAUAUUAAAAACUAGCCUCUAAUUAUUGUCUCAGGGGAUUUUAAUUGUUUCUUGAAUAAUAAUUCUCAUAGGAACAAGCUUCAUGAUGCAUGCAGGAAUUAUUUUAAAAGUCUAAUGCAUCUUUUUUCCAAGAUUUUCUUUUACUUUCUCGUUUGCGUGGUACUUAUCUCAUAGAAAUUUAGUGAUAACGCCAAUAUGAAGUGACUUAACACAAUUAGAUGUUAAUUGAAUUAGAUAAACUAAUGCGCCCUAUUUAGAUGUAGUAUUGGUCUCUCCGAGUGAAAAUCUCUGACGUUUUCUAUUACGAGCAAAAAUGAAAGAACAGAUACUUUGAUCGCAACAAAGACCAUUAUAGAGGAUCUUUGGAGCAAUCUCUUUCAUCAAAGAGCUAUUCAAAUGGACGCUAAUAUCAGUUUGAGCAGUGCUUUUUCGCUUUUUUCUCCGCAAUUAAGGCGGAGAGAAGUACAUGUUAAAUUAAACUGACUUCUGGAAAGUAAAUGAAAAAGUCCCAUUUUUGGAUGAAACUCUAGCGUGUAACUACUCUCGUUACAAUUGUUUGACUUGUACUUCUUGUAGUAGCUUGUAUAACUUUUGAGUCGGCGUGACCACCAUUCAAAUCAUGAAAGCUGCUGAGCUGUACUUUGCUGGUCUUCAGUUUAUCUGAUUUUAAACUGCUAUUUUGCGGUGUAACCACUCAUGGACAAAUGAACGUCACUGUCCAGUACUCUCCUAAAAUACCGUCAAUUAGGCUGUUAAGGGUGGUAUGAACAGUGGAGUUUACGAAAGAAAUUCUAUGGUGUGACCACUCAAAGGAAAGUUACUGAGCACUGCUCUACUUUGGUACUGUUCAUAAUAUGUUUUCUAACUUUUAAGCCUAUAGAUAUAAUCUUCGAAGUAACAUCGCGUCAUUCUCCUGAAAAAAUCUUCUAAGCAUUACUUUUUUCCUGUGCCGUGUGGUAUUGUUUGUCAUAUUUCACAAGGUGGUUACAGCUUUUGAGUCUGUGUAUGAAAUCAUAAAGUGUAAGCUAAACCAAUGAGCGUUACUUUGCUUCGUCGGCUGUACAAUAUUACUAAGGCUUAAUAGAGGGAUUAAAACGUGGAUUAAUAGUACGCCUUUACAUCAUGCUUUCAUAUUUUCAUGGCAUGCUCCUAGCAAAAUCAGCAACAAUUGUACUAAAAAAAAAGCAGCUUUGAGAGCGCCGUUGGAUGAGUUUACUUUCGUCAUUUGCAAAACAAAAAUUGAAAAGAUAAUUUUUUUCCUGUCGUCUGGUGAUGGCAGAUACGUGGUGACCUUUGAAUAGAAGUAUACUAUUUCGAACGCCCGUUUGAUGGAACAGUUUCCGGACCAAAUAGAUCAAGUUUUCCAUUUGCAAUAAGCCCUGGCGAUUUAGGCCGGGGAUUUAGGCCCCGAUUUAGGCUAGGAAAUCACUCGAAUGUAGGUGUCACUUAUUCAACUCCAUUGGACCACUUCGUCGUUUAUCAUUUUAUAGUUUGUUGAUACAGUAAUGAAAGAACAAUCUAGUUCGUUGCCGUUACACAGAAAGACUUUGUCUUUGAAAUAAAGGGAAUAAGAGCUAUGCUCUUUAUAGAGUUGUGUAUAUGCUGAGAACAUCUCAGGCUUACUGACAAAAACAAAAUUACUGUGAGUUUCGUUUUUUAUCCAGAUGACUUUGUUGAUGAAGGCUUUUUGUCUAGCGUCCUGCAGCGUGACCGUUCAAAUAGAACAAUACGUCUCUGUGGUGCUUUUUUUUCUUUUGAAACGACUUGAACAGUAUUUGUGCAAUGCUGCAUUCGACAUGCAUAUUACUGUCUGCUGUACAAGGUGGUUCUACCAUUUAAAUGUAAUGGAUCAGAGCCUUACGCCUGACCUGUCAAAUGAAUGCUUCUGAGGCAGUAUUUUCUAAUGGUACUGUUUAUUAUGCUGUAAAGUGUGGCUCUAACGUUUGAGCAGUGAAUGGAAUCCUAACGCGCCGAACGUUCAAAUAAAACGAGACUGAGUAGUACUUUCCUGUGGUGCUGUUUAUUUCAAACAGGCUCUAAGUUUUGACACUGUUCACGAAAUUCGAAAAUAUGACAUUUUCAAAGUAAACAAUACUCCCCUGUCACGGAGUCCCACAACCUGUUUCUGUAACGUUUGUGAUGUAAUUUUUAACAUAUGAGAUUUGUCAUAAGCUUCAGAACAGUGAUCGCGAAAAAUGCCUAUAGAACAAUGCAAAACAAACGGUAUCGUACCUGUGGUUCAUUCAGUCCGGCUCAGAUUAGAUCAAUUUGAGUGAUUUUGAAGGAUUAAGCAAAGUUCUCUGACAGUGUCUAUUUUGUCUAUUGUUAGACGUGCAGUCAUCUGUAGGAACCGUUAUUUUUCUGAAAGAUGAUAUUUACUGUAAUGAACGCAUCUUACAUCUUCAAAAUUCCAGCUUUCAGUGUAAGAUAAUAUGUUGUAGAUGCGUAGCUUGCGAGUUUCAGUUUGGUCCGUUUGAUACUUUGUGUUUCCAGUCUGGGCUUUCUACGUACGGACAGUUUUCUUGACCCUGGGAUACCACCUUCAUACAAUUCCCACCUCUAUAAUACAGAAACCUCUGUGAUGGUAAUGCGGUCACUUGGCUUUGAACGACUAUCUGACCUUUCUAAUAUGGAUGUUCAUCAGGCCUUAAUUUCGAUUACACUGCUUACUUCUUGACUUUGUUCCUUUAGUGACCGUAUUAAGGUUGUAUGACUGUAAUACAGACACGUAAUGCAGACACUUGACUCUUUCCCUUUGGUGUCCGUAUUAAGGUAGUUUGUCUGUAAUGCAGACACUUGAAUCUUCCUUUAGUGUCAUUCUUAAGGAGGUAUGACUGUAAUAUAAUGUAAUGAUUACAAUACCAUCAACUCAGUGGAAUGAUCAGUGAUUAAAAUAUCAUCAUCCAUUUCCAAUUAAACGUCAUUCCCGCAAAGGUAUUCCAGUCUGUAAUCUUCAGUGUUAAACCAGUCAACCCGUCGAAUCGCUCUUUAAUAUUAAUAAUUCUAGUAUCAUAGAUAUUUGCAUUUUAUUAAGAUUCUAGGAAAUGACAGGUUUUUGCGUUCAACGCUGAUUAUUCAUUGCGUUAGUUUAAUGCAGUUUGUUGGAUUUUUUUUUUUUAAAUUUGAGUUUGUUUUUUCUUCCUUUUUGUCAAGCCAUCCUGAAAUGCUUUAUAGAUCUCAAGUCUAGUGUUUAGUUUACGCUAGGCUCAGAAGACGAAACCAUGAUUUGUGACACUUGAAACUUUUUUCAUCUCCCACUUAUUCCACCACAUUCUUUCGAGCACAAUGACAGGAAAACGCUGAAGACAAUUUUUUUAUUAUCCGUGGGUGUCGAGCACGAAAAAACAAUGUAAUCAACCAAUUCAAUCAUAAAAGUUCCUAGAAAUCGGUUUGUUCUUAACUUUCUACUGUAUACCCUCGGGCUCGUUUCAGUUUCCAGGCGGAUGAAAUUUUGGAUGUACCAAAAUGUUGUUGACGGACCAAGCACAAAUUUGAGUUUCCUGUUUUUCUUAAUCAUGUCUGAAAAAGACAGCAUAUUGAAAUAGUUUGCGCGCCAUUCGACAAGAAAAGUGACCGGCAGCCUUAAGUAUGUACAGGUAUAACCUUUGUACCCUUGAGCAUGGCACAUAUUUUUGUCGAGGAUAGUAAUAAAAUUUCAUGGCGCUGUGUUUAAUGUUAUUGGCAGCCCUUUUCGCUGGAAACUUUGCCUGUAAAGUGUGUUUUUGAUGUAAAUAGUUGUCGAAGGGAGAGACCUUGAAAAAGGAAAAUGGUCCUUGAAAAAGACCUUGAUUUCCUGUUUGAUCCGCCCGUUAUUCGUGUUAUCUUAUUUGCCUAUAGGUGAAAACAUGGGUAAGGAUGUUUGAAAUAGUUUGGUCCCGGGUCAAUCGAUGUACAGUCAAACCUGUGUUAAAGGGGCUGUGUCACGGCAGUCCAGUUCAUUUUGUUUUAUUUUGCCAAUUACUCGCCCUCAAUCGCUAUGGAACUUAAAGUAGGCAAAGAAAUUACAUGUAAAUGACAGAAUCACAGAUUAGAGACAACAGAUAUGUCCCCUAAGCAUUAUUUUUGAAGCUGCAAACAGCAGAGAAAAACUUUGAAAAACUGUUAGGCUGAACAGUUUUCAAAAACCCUAAUUUCAAUCCGUUUCAAUCUUCUUCAGUUUUGCCCAUCCGUGGCAUCUGUUGUAUCUGUUGUGUUAUUUUAACCUUCCUUUAAUGUUUUACGCGGUCAUUUUUAUGUUUCUUUUAAUUUAACGGGCAUUUUGCAAUGACCUGAUUUGGCUGAAUUUUGAACCUGUAUUAGUUACUUGUCUUUUCCUUUCUUUUGGCACAAGAAGAGGUAGAAACACUUUGAGAACAAUUUUUCGUGCGAUGGAUAUUUCACUCUGUCACCCUCUUUAUUUUCUUGAUAAACUCUUAGGUUUUUUUUUAUCGAAGCUGUAUUAAAAGGUCAACCUGUAUUAAGCGGUCAGUUGGCAAUUCCCCAACGGUGACCACGUAAUACAGAUCUGACUGUAUUCAACAUAUUUAACAUAUGCCAAAUUAAUUAAGUUUGGUUCGUGUGUAGCACUAGUGCGCCGUUUUACCCAGUUAAGUUUGGGUUCAGCUAAGCCAUCCUUCACUUCUACUAUACUCUAGUUGCGAAGAGCGUCUUUUUAGUGAGCCUUUGUCGAAUCCGUGUUUCAGCGUAUUCAGUGCUUAUAACUUGAACGUCAACUGACAAAAAAAAAUGACAACCUGUUGUUUCAAAUACUUAACUUUUGCACGCGGCGAGCAACUGUAUUACGCCCUUGCAUAACAAAAAUCAAAACGACACGCAAAAGUAGAUUACUUGAGGUAACGCUGAGAAGGCCUUUAAAAAUAUAGUAUCUCACGUAACCAACCUCUCUUUUCUUCUCCCUUCCCCUCCCCGCUAGAAAGGCCUGAUUUUCAAGCACACCAUAAAGUCAGAUGCAGUUUGUAACAACGUGGUUGGUUUAGGCAAGUUUAGAGAACAAACUUAGAACAGGAAGGGUCAUGAGAAACAAAGUAUCAAAUCUCUUCACGAGAAGUAGAUAACUGGGGAUUAAUUAACGCCCGUUAUAAACGUCGGCCAACUUUACACGUGCCGAAAUUAAUGGAAAUGGACCAGAACAAUAGAUUUUCCACAUUAGCGUUAAAUUCGAGACAUGUUAAGGUCGACCUUUAAAACGGGCGUAGCAGAUGAGACUCUCAAAUAACCAAAUCUGAAACCCCAAGUCUUUUUUCGAACAGCAAAGAGUAAAAAAGACGAAGCACAGGUACCCCAAGCUCACAAUUGGGUUACGUAACAGAAAUAUUAUAAGAGUUUGUAUGGAAAAUUUGUCGAUCGUUAUUUAGCGUACUAAAAUAGAAAUAAAAAUACAUCAAAACGUCCUACCUUGUCUGCUUGUCUUGUUUGUGGUAUGUUCUUAGCAUUUCUGGCCGUUUCAGCGCGAUUUUAGCGAGUUGAGUUCUGUUACGGUAGAACUAAAACUCGCUAAAAUCGCGCUGGAACGGCCAGAAAUGCUAAGAACGUACCACAAACAAGACAAGCAGACAAGAUUUUUGUUACGCAACUCACUCGUGAGCUUGGGGUACCUGUGGAGGAAGGAAGAUGAAUAUUUGAACUUUGCCCAGAUUCAUGAAAGAGAGUUACUUAAAUUUGCAACCAAGUUUUUUUCUCAUCGUGGCCAGUUUUAAAAUGUACAUUCUAUUUACCCAGAUGUAAAUAAGGUUGAUUCAAAUUUGAUAUUUUGGCAUACUUUUGGUUCCCGUUAUACCUAUUGUCUGUGGCCAAGUAACAUGUCAGUUAACUGUCUAGGAUUGCCUAGCCGCUUACUCGGUUAUUUUUGGCUGAUUAGUCGAUAUCAAUGUCGAUUGGAAACGUAGUGUCUAAGUACUAAGUUGGGCGUUUUCCUUCUAUUGUUAGGUUUUUCCCUUAACAUUUUUAACUACUUUAAUAUCAAUCGUAGUCUUAGCAGACUUUAGCAAACAGCGCAGAGGAUUUUUGUUUGACCUUGAGUCCAGUUUGAAAAUUUAGUUGCACGAAUGCCACGAAUCGCCCUUGUUUACCACAGAAUGUGAACGUGACCAAUCGAAGCGUCAUACGAUCGUGUUGCAACUUUGUUGAAAUAUUAUCCAAGGUUUGUAGGAGUAAUUAUUUGUCCCUUUUCGCGGUUUACCAGGCGGUUUUUCUUUGGGUGGGCUUGCGGGGCUUGGCGACUCCCAUGUGAAUACCACGGGGAUGCUCGACGGAUAAUCAGGUCAGAUCAGAUCUCAGAUCAAAUAUCCGGUCUGAUAUAACAGCUUAUAACGACCCCACAAGCUAAAUGAUUGUGUCAUGGUUACAUAACAUAUGUUAAAACACAGGUACCCCAAGCUCAAGAGAGAGAAUCGUUGAAUCGCUGUUGCGUAACAGACAUUUUACAAGAGUUUAUAUGGAGAUUUAAGCGAUCGUUAUUUAGGGGUCAAAAUAGUAAUAAAAAUUAAUCAGAAUUUCUUACCUGGUCUCUUUGUCUAAAUUUAUGGUGUUUUCUUAGCACUUUUGGCUGUUUCAGGGUGAUUCCAGCGAGUUUUAGUUCUACCGUUGUUCGUUGAAUAAACAAUCGCCCUGAAACGGCCAAAAGUGCUAACUGAAACAGCAUAAACUUAGACAAGGAGACCAGGUAAGAAAUUCUGAUUUUAAUUUUUUAUCACUAUUUUGACCCCUAAAUAACGAUCGCUUAAAUCUCCAUACAAACUCUUAUAAUAUUUCUGUUACACAACAGCGAUUCAACGAUUCUCAGUCGUGAGCUUGGGGUUCCUGUGGUUAAAAGAAGCAAUAGUGCCAUUUAUAGGGAGCUACGUUGACGCAACGAGAACGGCAAAAAAGCAAUAGGUUUAGAUUGGCGUAACAACAACUUUGCACGUGCAUCACGCUUUUUUGUACAUUUCUUUGCCCUCACUGCACGACUACGACGAGACACUGCCUAAUUUCACCUUUUGUGGGGAACAGUGAACGCACGACAACGACCCUCUUUUUUCUUUUCCUGAACGUUGAUACGAACUUCAGAAAAAUUCGCCAUCACUUGACGAAUUGAACGAGAGGGAAUAAGCGCCAUUAGGGAGCUUAAGCAGCGACGUUUUUGAGCGACGCACGUCAACCGGAAGUGAGUCAUUUUCCCUCUUAAUAUGCCUUGAUGAUAAAAAUUUGUAUUCGCCAUCACGUUAUAGACGAAAAUUUGAAACGAUUAAGCGCGAUUAAGGUUGAAGUAGCGCGAACACAAUUUUUACUGACGUUUUCGUAUUCGUCGCCGUCGUUGUUGCUAAAGCUCCCUUGUAUGAAGAUAAGGAAGACGUGUCUCUCUUUUCGCACUUGUACGCACCAGCAUUAAGACGACUCUUGGUUAUUGAUUAAAUGUAACGUUUUGUGUGCCGCUUAAACGCAAAGAUGGUGUACCGUAACUUCUCUUAAGAUUUCUUGGGAGGGUGGUAUGGAGAGGAAAGGGACACUACUUUUCUCCCCCCACCUCCGAUCGUGCUUCCUGACGUUUUCUGCACCAUAUCCCCCCAACAGAGAGCCUAAUUGUUUAUCAGUUUGUCCUUACAAAAUCCUAGACAUGAAGAUUUCAAUAUGAUGUUUUAGAUAAUUCCCUGUCUUUGCACUGCACAUCACCUAUUGCGCACACUGUUGCGUCUUCAGAGGUGGCGGUGAUUUUCACCGGUCGCCUAAAACGAGGUGAUUAAGGCCCCUUUUGUAUUCUUAAUGCUUUCUUAGCGAUUUUGAUAAUUCUACCUGGUUAAAAAGGUGUUCGUCUUGAAACUCGCCCCAAUCCCCUCGCGCAAAAUGAUCAUUUGAAGGCGAAAUUGUCCCUUUUGUUGACGUUUCGCGAGGGAACGAGAACGGUGAUCUCCCUAUUUUAUUUGAUUUUUUACUCGCCAUGGCUGCACAAAAAUAUAUAUAAAGAGGAAAAAAAUCUGGAUAGUAGAAGUUCUAUUUUUGUUAGAUAUAAAUGACUUGAAUUUCCGCAUUUAGAGCGGCCACAGAGAAGUAAGGCGUAAUGUGAAAACUGUCCUUUUCACUACCUUUUUACAUCUGGUAGUUGCGACGGGGAUAUAAAAACGAGGUCGCUUAUUGUCCCUUAGCGUGAGUAAUCGUACAAAAUGGCUUCAGAAGUACGUUUCUGUGCACGAAUGUCCCAAUAGGUAUUUCAUGGUAAAAAAUGACUCGGUAUAUACAUCUUUCGCGAAUUCUACAUAAAUAAUGUAUUACUAGUUAAGGGACUGUUUCACGGCUGGUUAAUUCCUUUUGCUAAUAUAAUGCCAAUAGGGCGUGGUUAUUAGCUAUGGAACUUGAAAAAUUACUCGUGAAUACCAAAAGCACAGGUUCCUGCCACACAAAUGUGGCUCCAUAGCAUUAAAGCAAACGGUACAAGGAACAAAGACAAAUUUUAAAAAACUGUUAGGCUAACAAGUUUUCAAAAACCACAGUUGCAGUCCGUUUCAGUCUUUUUCCAGUUUACCCAUCCCUCCCCUCCUUGUGUAUUUUCUGUCUUAUAUAUUCCUUUUUGUAACGGUUUGAGAAGUUAGUUUUGCGUUUCACUUAGUUUGGUGGCAAUUCCGACUGUUUGAAUUUUGAAAAAUUUCGUUUCACAGCUCCUUUAAUUCCCCGACUUAGACACCGUGACGCAAACUUUUGGCCCCGUGGUUGCAAUUUAAAGCGUCGUUGACUCCAGCUGUUUCUGGUUUUAAAUGCCUUCCGAUCCUGACGGCAGGGGGGCAGAAUAUUCCUGCUUAUCGCAAACGCCCAGUAUAUUCCAGUUGAAAUAACUUUCAAAAGUUAAGAAAAGUUGCGUGAUGGAUUAGUUUUGUGCAGAACAAUGUUGCACGGUCAACGUUCUUCGUGCUCAACAAAAACUACACCAGUUUUUCUGUUUUCUGGUCACAAUUUAUUAACCAGAGCUGCUUCGUUCUCGUGGGAAGAUUUGAGACAUAGCGUUCGGCUUGUUCACGCCUCAUGAUAGCUAACCAAUAGAGCGUUGCCAUAAACAACUAUGUUGUGUUUAAAGGGAGGGUUUUCACAGGUUAAAGGAUUAACAGUAAUUAGUGUUUAAAUAAUUUAGAUUCUACUAGGCAAAUAUAUUUUCACGUACAUGUAGAAUUUGAUUACAAGACGUUUCUGGCUACAUAGGUAAUUACAGAUCUUAUUUUAGUUCGUGACGAGGGGCGUGGAUGGGCUUUAACCGUAACGGCAUGAAUGAUCACAGAAAUCAAUCGUGUCUGAAAUUAAUUCGCACAUAUGACCAGAUCAUGAUAUGGUUAAAUAACACGAAUGACUUCCAUUUCGUUGACUUUUCCAAGUCUUGUGUAGAAACUGUCGAAAUUCGUAGUUUUGUUGAAAGACCUCGAAGUUCUUUUAUGCCUCAUUAACCCUUUCAGCCCCAAUAUCCACAUACAAAUUCUCCAAACUGAUCUCCAUGCAUUUCCAUAAAGAAUAAGUUGAGAGAAUUUGAUAAAAGAUCAAAGCAUUUUCCCUUAUGUGAUUAUUUUGAUAAUUCUCACAACAUUUUCUCCUGAUUGUGUAUUGAUAUUGUUAGGAGAAAAUAGAUGAUGGUCACUCUUGGGGCUUAAAGGGUUAAACUUAAGGACAUCCAAACACAUAACGUACAAUAGCAUUUUCCGUCCAUCAAAUCAUUUGCAUUCUGGAACGUGCAUUGAAGUUACUAGAACAGAGUAGCUCUCUUUGUUAAAAUGCGGAAAUGGGAGCGUACUCAAACACCCCAUACUCGCUGUUUUCUGUGUCUUGUGUGGCGGACCCUCCGGCGCCCUUAUCAGCUGAGUCAUAACGUGAUAUGCAAUACGUUAAGAACCAGAGAAACUCAUAGACCAUCAAAAGUUCCUCUAUAUUUUGUGCUGAAAAUCACCGGGGCGUCACAUUUCAUCUUUGCAAUGCCUUCAAUUCUGCUAAAAAUAGUUGGACAUCGGACAAUGUCCAACUAAAAUUGGCCGACUGUGCUUUCUUUGCUGGAGAAACAUGGAUUAGCACAGUCGGGUAGUACGCGGCCUUCUGUGUGAACUCCAGUAUCUGUAUUUUUAUAUUUUCGAUGAUUUCGUCUCCGUUACUUCUUUACUUUGUGAGGGGCCAAUUACAACCGGGAUUUAGUUGUAGCUGCUUUCUUGUCUAUUAUUUAAUGUCUCUUUUUUUGACAUAUUUUCCUAGUUAAUUGAUUUUAAUGGCGAAACUUAGUAAGUGAAGUAAAAUUAUGUGUAAUGUGUUAACUGAAUAGAAACUGGCGUUUAUUUCAAAGCGGUAAAACCUGCGCACGGUUUCAUAGGUUUUUCGCAGCCGUACAUCACUCCAAAAGUUCAUUAAAUCAUAAAGUUAUUAAAUAUAAGUUUGAACAAAAUUUUAUAUUUGCGGCGUUUUCUCUGGCGUUUAAUCGAAAAUAUGCGCUUUUAACCUUAUGCGGGAGAGCUGUGGGUGAUGUUGUUCUUGGAACUUCUUCAGAGGAGGGACGCCUACCGUCCCACAAAGCAUUGCAAUACCAAGUAUCUGAAUUCAUGCCAGCUCUCGUGAGCCUUCGAGCUCGAAUAGCCUCUAAGAUGGCGGUUUAAGCGAAUCCAAACGCGAUGGCUGAUAUUGUUAAAGAGUGGUCGCUUUUCAUGUUUUAUUCACUAAGUUUCAAACGAAGAUAUAAUUUUGAUACCUCAAACUUUUCCUGACCUUGUUCAUAUCACUGCCUCCAUUUUCCGCCGCAGUUUUCAAAUGAGAUUCCACUGUCCAAAACAGAGGCAAACACUCUGUCCUUAGCCACUGCCAGUAAUACUCUCACCGUUGUCAAAAAAUAUAAUGUAUGUUUAACCCAAAACACGGCACGUUCACACUCAUUUUGCACUUUGUAAGCUUGACAAGUUCAUUUUAAUAUUUCAGUGGGGUUGGUCAGUUCUAAGGCACACUAAACAGUGACUGAUCCUCGCUAGUUUGUUGCUGUUGUUUAUUUCUUUUGAUAAGUGUUUUUGCUACCAAUUUAUGGCAACUGUGUUUAAUAACAUAAUUAAAGAACGUAGAGGGGAAAGGAAAGAAUCUCCUUAAAUCGGUAAAAUGAUCACAUGGACAGCAAGUGCGAAACGUAAGGGGGAGUAACCUUUCAAGCAAGUAAAACUGCUGCUAUUUUUCUAGGAUGUUUUGACAAAAAUAUAGAACCCCGUAUGUCUUGGCCAUGAGGAUUGUUACACAGCGCUGUUUUUAGUGUAAAGCUAUUCUCUUCCUGAUGCUGGUGUACUCUUUAAUUUUGUUGUUUACAGGCAGAGAGGUGGAAAUCCAGGGUAGAUAAUUUGACUCGACAAAAUCAGCAACUUCAGGAACAGCUGUCUGAUUUGAAAUCCAAGUUCAACAAACAGCAGGAGGAACUGUCGUCCACCCAGCGCCGACUUCGUGAACGGGAAUGGGAACUGGAGUCUAUUCGCCGAGAGCUCAGCAGCAAGACUAACUCCGUGGACAAGAUAAGAACUGAGAAGAUGGUCCUCGAGAAGGAGCUUAUCAUGUUGCGGGAGCAGAUGACCAGUCAGGUUUCCCAGGUGCAAGUUCUAGAGUCUUCACCCGACGACAUGGAAGCGUCAUUCCUACGUGAGACUGUCUCUCAGCUGGAAAUAGAAUGCAAAAACGCGGUGGAUGAACGAGAUAUGCUUCAGGGCGAACUCGCCACGUUACAAGCUAAGCUUGCUCGACUCCAGGACGACUGUGAUAGGUACCGAAGGCAAUCUGAGAUGGCGGGAAAAACAGGAAACUUGACCGUAAGCAGGUAUGAGGUGCAGGUGCAGAAUGCUGUAAAGCAGAGAGAUUCUUUCAAACAUCAGCUGGACGACCUCCGCGAGGAGCUCAAGAAGGCUAAAGACACCAUUUCCCGACUGCAUCGCGAGGUUUUGCAGAAUCAGAAUGAUGCAAACAAGUACAAGGAGGAGUCCAUCUUAAAAACGCACAGAAUAGAAAAUCUUCAAACCCAAAACUCCACGCUGGAAGACAGUUUAGAAACUGCUAAAUCUGAGUUGAAUAAGUCUCAAACAACGGUGGAUGUACAAUACCGGGAAUUGCUGAAGCUGAAAGAGAUGAUCACACUGCACGAGAAAACCAUUCAAGAGUAUGAAGUCACUGUGAAGACCGUUUAUGAUGAGAAGGAGACCACUGAAAAGGAACUAGUCUUAGUGAAGGGAAAGUACUCGAACCUCCAGGCGUCGCAAGGCAAACUUCAAGAACGCGUGAAGGAGUGGGAGUCAGUCGAGGUGAAGCUGCAAAAGAGGGUUAGUGAGUUGGAGACAGAGCUGGAAGUUCAAAAGGAAAGAAGCUCUGACCAAGUUGAUGGGCAGCUAAUGAGUAGAAUGGAAGAUCUCCAGUCCAGACUUGACGAGUCGGCCAUGUCAGUGACAGAUCUCCAAGGACGAUAUAACAUUGUAAUAAGAGAAAGAGACGAGCUUCGGAAGGUUAUCGAAAAUCUCAAUUCAAAGAUCCUGAGCACUUCUGAUUCCCUGCGGGUUGCACAAGAGGAGAAGGGAGAACUGGAACGCACCGUCACCACAGAGCGUAAUAAAGCAUCAAAACUAGAGGUUCAGCUGGAAAGCGUCACCAAAGCGAGAGACAGGUACAAAUCGGAGCUUGACUCGGAGAAGAACAAGUGCACCCAGCUAAAGAAAGAAUUAAUGGUGGUACAGCAAGAGUUGUCUGAAAGCAGAAGGGUAAUAGAACGACUCAACGGAGAUCUAGAGAAAAAAGACAAGAUGAUUAUAGAAUUUAAGUCCAAAGUGUCAUCUCUCGAGGCAAAGGUCGAUGGCUACCUUGAGGAAGAACAAAAACUAGAGCGAAGGAUCCAAAUGCUGGAGAAUGAAGCCGAGGAACUUCGUUCUGAACAGAUGGAGCUCCAGAGGAGAUUGGGUGACUCAGAGACUAACUACAAGGUCGCAGUGGAUGAGAGAGAGAGGAUAAACGAAGAUCUUCAGACUGUGUAUAAAGAUAUGUCAAAUUUACAAUCCAAUUUCAACAUUGUGGAGCAGCAGCGAAACGACUUGGAACAGCAGCUUUCAAUGUUGAAGAACAAGAUUGCAAAACUUGAGGACGAACUAAGCAAUGUGACGAGGCAGAAUUCUGUUUUAGACGUAGAAGUGCAAGAGCUUCGAUCAACUAAGGAUAAGAAUGCAGAAGAUAUUCAAUCACUUAAAGGCAGAUUAACUGAUCUAAACAAACUGGCUGAAGCUUACAAAAAAGAGAUAGCUGAGAGGGACGACGUAAUCGAGCGACUUAGAGGUGAACUAGCCGCGUUAACUUCUGACAAGGAAACCAGUCUUGCUGAAAUAAGCCGCUUAAAAACGGAACUAGGCGUCCUUGAAGAAGAAAAUAAAAGGCUUAAGAAAGUACUAGAUGCAAGUAAUGAGGAGAUCGCGCGUCUCUCGUCGUUAUACAGUACUGCAACACAAAGCAAAGAACUUCUGCAAACCGAUUUUGAAGUUGUUCAAAUGAAGGUGUCCGAUCUCGAGUCAACAUACAUGGAUUUCGAAGAGCAAGGAAAAGGUGCUGGAGCUCUGUUGGAUGAGGAGCGUGCGAGAAAUGUGGACCUGGAAAAAAAGAUACGCGAGCUUACCGAGAAAGUGAAAGAGUUAGAAAACCAACUAGAUGGAAGACAAAGAGAACUUGACAAGCUGGAAAACGACAUGGACGUAGCCGAAGAAAAGAUGCUCACGCUAAACAUUGAGAUUGAACAAAUUAAUGAGGAGAAAUCUAAGGAGUAUCAGAAACUACUGGCGACUGAAAGCAAGUUAAGGGAAGUCGAGACAGACCUUGAUGCUGCCCGAGAUGACAAAGAUCAAGCUGAGAAAGAGCUUUAUGCUCUUCAAAAUAAGGCAUCAAAGCAAGAAACACAGCUCGAGACUUGUCGUAGACAGAUAACCCAAUUACGGGAUCAACUCGACGCUGCCAACAAGAAGAUUCUAGAGAGUAAAGAACGCUUCAUUCAAAUAGAGAACAAAUCGGCGCAACACGAGAAGUUUGGCGAGACGUUGAAUACCAUCAUAGGCAGAAAGGAUAAAACGAUCGACGAGUUGAAUAACAAGCUUAGACAGCUUCAAGAUGAGUUAGACAAAACAAAACGGCAAUUGAACAAAAACAAUGUGACCUGCGACGUGCUUACGGCCGAGAAGGAAGACCUGCAGAAGAGAAUUGCUGUCUUACAAGUGAGAAUUGAGGACAUGGAUCAAGAAAUAAGAAAUCUGAAGCAGAAUCGUCAAGAGCUACUGCGUGAUAUAAGUUCGAGAGAUCACAAAAUUACCAUCGCCGAGACUCAGCUUACAAGUGUUGCCAAGGAAAGAGAUCUCUACAAAACGGAAGGUCUUGCUUUCCGCGAGGACUGUCGCAAAGUGAAAGAAGAUCUUAUGAACACUAAGAACAGUUUAGUGGAGAAAGAUCGCACCAUAAACAACCAGGUUAAAGAGAUUCAAGACAAAAUUAAAUUGGCAGAUACUUUAAAUAACGCGAAGAAGAAUCUCGAAGAUGAGUUGACAAGGUUAAAGAAAGACCUCGAGAGCACACGUGUUUCCAGCCAAGAGCGGAUUAGAAAUUUGCAAGGUCAACUUCAGCAAGCAAACAUCAACAUAUCCAAGCUCGAGGUUACUGUGACAACGCUGGGCAGGCAAGGUGAAUUAAGUGAAAAAGACCGGAAGGAGUACGAUGACAAGAUUUUUGAAAUUGAAAAUUUGUACAAGUCUACUCAGGGCCGCGAAGCCGACUUAAGAAGUGAGGUUGAAGUCCGCACCACGAAAAUUGUGCAGAUGGAGACGGAUCUUAAGAAGUCACAAAAGCGAAUCUUUGAACUAGAAUCUGAGGGCACGCAGCUCCAGAGGAAAUUGCAAGAGCUGCAGAAAACGCGAGUGAGAAUCGAUAAAGAGAAAACCGACCUGAGGGAAGAACUCGUCAACGCAAACACCAGAAUCUCAGAGUUGGAGCUGAAAUCCGAAUACGAUGAUAAGGAGAUCGAUUCGCUGAAGAAGCAGCUUGGAGGAGCGCUACAACGGACUUCAGGUGUGAGUAGAGACGACUACCUAAAGCAAGAACAGCAGCUGGUCGAACUGAAGAUAAUCACAGAGACAACUCAAGACAGGUUAAACGAGAAAGACAAUCUUAUACGUCAGUUGGAAUCAGCGAGAACCUACCUCGAAGAUCAGGUUGAUUCUUUGAAGGAUGCCCUCAAAACCGCAGAGGAGGAUGUCGAGAGGCUGAAAGAUGAAGUCGGGAGCCUACAAGGGGAAAAUAUCGAGCUUAACAGAGUGCUCAAUGAACUUCAGGGUCAGCUAAGAAAAGUGGCGUUGGAGAAAGAUCGCCUCCAAAACGAGCUUGAUAACCAAGUAAAAAAGGUGUCUUCCAUAGGAGAGCAACUGGUGCAGCUUACUAGAACCGACGAAACUAACAGAAACAAGAUCGCUGAGCUUCGGUCGUCACUUGACCGGAGUCGCGAAGAAAGCAUGAUUCAGAAAAAGUCCAUCACUGACCUCCAAAGCAAGACUGAUUUCCUAGAAAAUGACUUGAAUGGUAAGAACAAAGUUAUUGAUGACUUGAGACAAAUUAAGAAGACCUUAGAAGAUGAGAUUGACGAGUUACAAAAAGAACUUCGUGAGUUAAAGAAUGAUCACGAUGUUAUGUUGCGUGACAAGGAAGAAGUUGAAAAGAGUUACAAGUUGAUUUCAGAAAAAACAACAUUGAUGGAAGACACUUAUGAAGGAAGCAAGGGAGACGUACGAAGACUUACAGAGCAAGUAGCUGUCCUGCAAGGAAAGCUUACUGACUCAGAGACCGAGAUCAGAGCCUACCAAGACAAGGAAAGGGACCUUCUCGAUAAAAUCAAGAGCUACCACACACAGGUGUCCAAACUGGAAUCAACGAAUGAAAUUCAGAAUGAAAGGAUCAUGGUCUUGGAACAAGAUGUGUCAGCGUUGAAGGACGAAAUCACUGCUCUCUUAGAUGACCGAGAUCGUGCAGUUAGGGAGCUACUCACUGUAACCAAGGUGAUGGAAGAAAAAACAACUCAGAUCACCCGCCUUCAGAAAGACCUUGAUGUUGCCAGCAAAGAGAAGGCGGCCAUGGAAGUGCAGCUACAGGAACAAGUUAACGUUGUGUCACAAAAUGAGACACAGCUCCUCAACGCAGAACGCCAACUUCAAGAGUGGUUGGUCCGUGGUGGUGAUGAGGCAGAUGCUACACCUAAGGACAGCAUCAAAGCAGAGAGAGACUCUCUUCAAAAAGAAGUGCACGCUUUAAGACACGAGGUGUCUUCCACGAAAGCCACGCUGGAUAAAGCUCAAAAAAGAAAGGAUGACUUGGAGAAGGAAAACUUCUCUUUGCGAAAGCAGUCUACAGAGCUAGAGAUGAAAGUGAAGGCGCUUGACCACGAAAACGAAGACCUUAAUCGUGAGCUAAUUAAAGACCAGAAGAGAAUAAGUGUGUUAGAGGGCGAUGUUCAUCGCCUUAACGUUGAAAAGAACACCCUCCUUGGUGAGCUGGAGAAAGCAAGAGGCGUCAUGGACAAGCAGCGAGAUGAAAACGCCAUUGUUCUAAGACAGAUCUCUGAGCUUCGGGCCAUUGUGGACAACGUCGACAAGACCAUUGAAGAAAAGAACCAGCAGAUAGAAUGGUAUCAUGCCAACAAUAAAACCCUCGAAGAAGAGGUGACGAGUCUUAAGAGAAAAGUGGCUUUAUACAGAGAAGACUACGAUAAAGCCCAGCACGAUCUAGCAGCACUAACAUUAAAGGUGCAAGAACUUGAGUCCAAAAUUGACGCUCUCAAACACAGCCUUGACCUCGCCGAGAACGAGAAGAACAAAUUGAGACAAGAGAAAGCUACACUCUUAACGUCUGUAAACGAGUAUAAGUCCAACUUUGCGAAUGCCAAAAGAGAGGUAGACAGGCUACAGAACGAGAUACUUUCAAUUAAUCGCAAGCUUUCUUAUUUUCAAGCGAGGAAUGAAACUCUAGAGGAAGAGAAGGUCCGUUUGAAGAAAGAGAUAACAGAUCUCAAGCGGGAAAAUACUGAAUUGAGAGCACGUCUCAACGCUCUCCAGGCUGACCGAGAUCGCCUGCAAAGUGACAUUACUGUUAUAAACAAGAAGUACGUCGAUAUACAAACAGUGCAAGCGGAUAAGCGAGAAAAGAAACCAACCGAUGCAAGUACACUCAAGAGACUGAAAGACUUGGAAGAAUCGUACCAGAAGAUUCUGAAUGAGAAGGAGGACACAGAGAGGAGAUACCUGGAUGGGAAGAGGAGAAUAUCCAAACUUGAGUUGGAGCAUGGAGAUUCCAGCCGAAUUAUCCAGGCGUUAGAACACGAUGUUAUGUUGAAGGUCCAAAGGAUAUCUGACCUAGAAAACAGCCUCUCGGAGCUUCACGGACGAGAUGUAGUUGACGAGGGCGAUUACAAAACUCUGCGAAAGAAGGUUGUUAGCCUAGAACAAGAGCUUCAAUCAACCAAGAACAAGGUAUUCCGGCUAGAAGCCUACAAGACAUCUUAUGAAGACAAGCUUAAGGGUCUGCAGGAGGAUUUACUCGCCAGUCAACAGAAGACAGCUCAGACGGAGACAAUGCUACAGACGAGUCAAGAUCAACUGAGCGCGCAACAGAAGGAACUGAUGGAGGCGCUAAAAAAGAUGGCUGACUGGGAGUCAGCUUACAAGUCUGCUAACAACGCCAAGAUCGAGCUGCAAAGGACCUUGCAGACUUCUCAGAGCAAAGUCGUUUCCCUGGAAGAGGAGUUGCAGAAUCAGAUGAAAGCUAACGCACAGCUCAAGGGAUCGCUGGAUCAGAUUAGAUCCAGGAAUGAUAACUUAAGGCAGGAGAUCACUGUUGUGCAAAAGAAACUAAUAGACCAGCAAAAGUUCUAUGAAGAACAAAUCCGAGAACUUGUUGAGAAGAAAGCAAUAAUUGAGAGGCUACAGGAAGAGAAUGAUUCUUUAGAAGGCGAGAAGACCGAAAUGAAGGAAGAACUCGACCGCGUUCGAACUGAACUCGACAAAGUGCUGAUGGAACAACGAGACACAAAGUUUGAGCUUCAGAAGCUGCAUAUACAGUACACUGAGCUGGAGGGUACUGUUCGGUUACUGAACGACGAAAACGAGAGGCUUAAAAUGGAACUCGCUUCAGUCCAGAGACUCUAUGAUGAGCUAAAAAUUUCCCGAGAAGAGACUAUCGCCGUCCAGAGCGUUUCUACUGUAGAGGCAGCGGUUCCGGACAUGUUCUCUGAAGAACUGAGUGCUGAGUUUGAAAGCAUCAAGGUAGAAAGAGAUACCCUCAAGCGAGAAAACAACGCAUUGCGAGAGAAAGCCUCCGGGUUGGAACAUUCUCUAGAGGAAGUCAAGCAAGAAAGACGCAAACUCCAGGACAAGGUGCUUGAGCUGCAGAAAAACCUAUCUGACAAGACACAGGAACUACAGAUCUUAACGGCCGAGCACAAGAAAGUUACUUUAGAGCUACAAGCUGCUAGGCGGCGCCUUGAAGAUCUUCAAGAAGAAGCUACAGAUUGGGGCCAAGAGAAAGACUUGUUGGUUAAAGAAGUUGAAUCUAUGCAACGAAAGCUCCAUGACCUUGUACUCGAGAGUCAGAAGGAAAAAGCCGAAGUCUCAUCUGAACAGAUAUUUUCCACCAUGGAGGCUGAUUAUAAAAAGCUACAGGAACGUGAGGGCGAGCUUCAGUUGGAACUUCUGGCCGCGUUGAAAAAGGUUUCUUCGCUCGAACAUGACUUGGAGACCGAAAAAGAAAAGAACCUGGGGCUAGAAAGUUCAAAUCAAACGCUUGAAAAUAAAGUUGGUACCCUGAAACGGGAAGUUGUUGAAUAUCAGACGAGGAUCUCCAAGUUAGAGCUGGAAUAUGAACAUAUUCAGGAACGAAAUAUGGAACUUCAGCAGCAAGUGGCUGAACUUGAAAGCCAAAUUGAUUCUGUCAAAGACUCAAGCAAGCUGUCAAACCAGGGCAGGUCCGAUUUAGAAAACGAGAUUACUUCCCUCAAGACUAAAGUAAAGAAAUUGCAGAUUCAGAUUGAGGAAGAAAAGAAGAUAAAAGAUAACCUAAGAGCCCAGCUAGAAGAUUAUAAAAACAUGGGAGACAGCCAAUCGAGGGAUUUUGCUGGCCGUGUUAACGAAUUAAGAGUGGAAAUAGAAACGUACCGCAAAGAAAUAAUCGAAAAAGAACGCGUGAUCAAAGAAAUGCAGAACAGACAGGCCGAUCUAGAAGACGACAUACAUAGAGUACGGCGAGAUCUCCAGAGUAAACAGAUAGAAUGCGAUGAUUACGUAAAGGACCUCGAGGAGAGCAACCAACAAAAGGCUGACAUGGAAAUUGAAAUCAACACGCUUCGUGGACAAUUACGAAACUUUGAAAUUCUUGUCGAGGAGCACGAGAAGGACAAGGAAGAACUUAGGCAGAACAUUAAUGAAGUUGUGGGCAAAAGUACCAAUCAAAGCAAUGACCUUAAGAAGCAGAUAAAAGACGCCACUAACCAGAUCGAAGUUUGCAAACGAGAGAUCAUUGAAAAAGAAACCAUCAUUCGAGAGCUUAAAGAACGUGUUUCUCAGGUGGAGCAUGAUCUCCACAUCACUAAGACGGAGUUAGAAGCCAAAGAGAAUGACUGUGAGGAUUACAUCAAAGAUUUAGAGGACACCAGAAAGGAAAAGUCUGACAUGGAGGUGGAACUGCUAGCACUAAGAAGCAAAGUUACUAAGUUAACUGUGCUGAUCGAUACCGAGAAAUCCGAAAAGGCUCAACUUCAAGCACAGCUGGUGGACACUAGGAACCGCGGAGACGAAGAGUCAUCUGGUUAUGCGAAAUUCGUGUCUGAGCUGCAAACGAAGCUUGAAAACGCUAAGAGAGACAUCAGCGUUAAGGAAGACGAAAUUGAGCACUUGAAGUAUGAGCUUGAAGUCACAAGAAGAGAUCUUCUUUCAAAGGACGGAGAGUUCAAGAUGUCUUUGGAAAAAAUCGAGCAGAUUACCAAAGACAAAUCAGAAUUGACUGUUGAAAUAAUGUCGCUUCGGGAAAAAGUGAUUAUUCUUGAAGGCGACGUGCGGAAAGAACGAGUCGGUAAAGAAGGCCUCGAGAGGCAACUCGUGGAAUCCACUGCGAAAGGGGAGACUGAUGCUCAGGUCAUGAGUGAACAGAUUGUAGAAAUACAGACGAGAGUCGAGAGCUACAAGAAAGAAAUUAUUGAAAAAGAGACUAUAAUAGAAAAGUUGCGAUUCCAAACAACUUCCUUUGAGCAAGAGGUCGACCGUCUGAAGAGAGAUUUGUCCUCCAAGAAAAACGAAUGUGGGAGGUAUAAGCAGGACAUUGAAAGGCUUAAGCACGAUAAGGCAGACCAAGAAAUGGAGAUUAAUACGCUUCGCAAUACCAUCAACAAACUAGAGAUUCAAUUAACGGAACUUCGGACAGACAAAGAUAUAGCGGUAGCGCAAACCGAUGAACUGAAAAGUAAAGGUGAAAGCGAGGCGAGCUUAAUGCACGAACAAAUUAUCGAGAUUCAAACUCGCAUCGAGGAGUACAAGACAGAGAUAAUAGAGAAAGAAACGGUCAUUGAAAAGCUUCGUGUGCAGAUCUCAAACAACGAUGGCGAAAUCGAUAAGUUGAGGCGAGAACUGGAUACAAAGGAGGUGGAAUGUGAAGGUUAUAUCCGGGAAAUUGAGAAGCUUAAUCAAGAGAAUUACGAUCUCGAAUCCCAGCUCUCCACGAUUCGCACCAAGUUCGAAGUGUUGACGAAGCAGAUGAGCGAGGCAAGAACAGAGAAGAGUAUGACGGAGAGUGAGACAACGGUGCUGCUUGAGAAGAUUACAGAGAUCGAGAGCAGAAUAGAAGUGUACAAAACGGAGAUCAUCGAGAAAGAAACUUUGAUUGAACGACUGCGGAUCCUAAACAGUUCUAAUGAGCAGGAUUUGGAAAGGCUCAAGCGAGAGCUCAGCAACAAACAAGUGGAAUGCGAUGGCUACAUAAGCGAGAUUCAGGUACUGAAUCAGAAACUAGCGGAAUUAGACAUCGAGCUUAACCACAGAAACAGCCGAGUACUGAAGCUUGAGGGAUUCUUGGAAGACGAGAGAAAGGACAGGGACGUGCAAAUAAAGAAUGUGAGAUCGUCAUUUGAGACUGACGUGACUUAUUUGAAACGUGAGCUGGAGUCCAAAAUAUUGGAAUGUAAUGGCUACAUCAAAGAAAUCGAAGAGUUGAACCAGGAGAUUUUCCGGCUGAAGGGAAUGAUGAGACCAGAGCAAGAGGUUGAUGCGCAUUACACCACGUCUUACAUUAUGCCACCAAAAGGUGUUACAGUUACCAGGGAAGUCGUUGUGCCCCAGCAGUCGGCGACCACAGAGUCCGCACAAUCUUCAACGUUCGGUCACACCGAAUUCAUGGUUGACGUUAAAGAGAAGGCGGUACCUUUGGAGGUAUCCAGCUAUCAAAUGAACCCGAAAAGAAUGGUCAAAGUAAAAAGUCCUUUCGAAACGCGUGCAAAUCAGACAAGCACGGGUAGCAGUUCAAGCAUGGGUAGCACUACCACCAGCACCACAAAGAUAACCAGAAUUCAGACAGGCAUGACUCCAAUCCAGCGUUACCAGGUUGAUGAAGAUUCAGACAAGCCAGCCAUCACAGUCGUAAGUAAUAACGGGGCCUCUGAUAACACUCCACCCAGCAGCCCUUUUAAAAUAAGACACUUGGAAUCCAGUUCCAGUCCUAAGCUAAACGUGUCGUUCGACCCCGCAUACCAAUCCAUUACGCCCACAACGUUAAAUGCUACAGACACUAGAAGUCAUACGUCAACAUUCAGCAGCAGUACUGUCAUGACUAAAAUCACCCAAUUGCAGACCAGUGCCUUGUACGCCCCCUCGUCCGGCUCGGAGAACCCCCAGGGUUCUUUAGAAUUUCGAGUCGUUUCCCCUAUAAACGGAAUCGAGGCAUCCCCUGAGAAGCUAGAAGAAAAAAGUCAAAAUGUCAUUUCGCAGGUCGAAGGAUCUUCCGGUCCAAUUCGUGUGAGAGUGGAGGCGGAGGAGAAGUUAGAAUUUGAACCCAUGCAGGUCACUACUGAAGUGAAACCACUGCAGACCACUUCUUCAAGAUUCCAAACGUUCAAGACCCACUACACUACAAGCGGGGAGGGAGGCGAUAGCUCCUCUCAGGGGAGAACAAAUGAAACUGUCACACGCACGAAAAAGGUACAAGAGAUUAAAGAGCAGCGUGUUGAGUUCAAACGAGGCAGCAGUGGCAGCAGUCGUUCGAAGGAUUCCAGCAAAACGUCGACGCUGUAA